GAAACUGCGGGCGCAGGCUGGCUGCUCUGGCGGGUCCUCAAACUUGGAUGGCUUUAGCUUUAAGUUUUCCUUAUGGUUUAAGGAAAGGAGCCAGCAGUCUCAAGGAGAGGAGACAAGAUUCCCGGUUCGGAAUCCGCUGUCGGCAACAGCGGAUUGUCUUAGCCCCAAAAGAGCCUCCUUCGAGGGAUAGUCGAGAAACCUUUCCCGAGGUGGGAGACGAGGGCCCUGCUUUCCAAGAGCCCCUUGAAGAAGAUGACUCAGGACCGACCAUUGCUUGCUGUACAGGAGGCCCUGAAGAAGUGCUUUCCCGUGGUGGAGGAGCAGCAGGGCCUGUGGCAGGGCUCUCUGAGGGACUGCCAGCCCCUCCUGGCCUCCCUCAGCAAUUUGGCGGAGCAGCUGCAGGCGGCGCAGAAUCUGCGCUUUCAGGAUGUGCCGUCCCUUCGGGCCUUCCCAGACUUACAGGAGCGGCUGAGGCGCAAGCAGCUGGAGGCUGGUGACACCGUCCUGGACAAGCUAGGGGAGAAGUUAGCUGCCCUCCUCAAGGUGCGUGACACGGUCAGCAGCCACGUGGGACAAGUGCUUCAGAUCUAUGAGCAGCACGCAGACGCAAUCGGCAUUGAUGCUGUCCUGCAGGCUUCCGUUGUGAGCCCCUCUGUGGCUGACAUGUUGGAAUGGUUGCAAGACAUUGAGAGACAUUAUCGAAGUUCGAAGGUACCUGAAGAGAAAGUACCUCCUGUCCUCAAUCCACUGGGGAGACUUGCCGAACAUCCAAGCUAUGCCCAAGGCCUGGGACCGGAUUUCGGAGGAUGAACACCAAGACCUCGUACAAGAUAUCCUAUUGAAUGUUUCCUUCUUCCUGGAAGAGUAAGGAAGCUGUGUAUUUAUCUGGAGGCCAGGGAACCCAGGUGAAGACUGAUAGUGCUGCCCUCUGGUAUUUGUAAAGAAAUUUCAGUAUCGCAACCUGAUGUUUGAAAAAUCAGUGUGUAGAGCCUAAGGACUGACUUUCAGGAGGACUGUGCUAGAUGUUUCUGAUGUUGGGGCUUCUCCCUGCCAGGUCAUGGCUGAGGGUACACGGGCCGCCCAUCACCCUUUCCUAAGGCUCAGGGGAGAGGACGGAGGCAGAGAGAAUGGAGGAAGAGCAGUGCAGAGGAACACGGUGGGCAGGAACAGCAGCCACAGAAGUGGGAGGGAAGGAAAGGACGGGGGCUAGAAACUAGUGCUGCCCUUGGUGUCAUCCAGCGCUCUGAGCCUAGUUGAUACCAGGUCCUGGUUUUGUGUCAGUCCUCAACCCCUUAAAGGAAGAGAAAGUGACUUUGAUGAUUUAAAGAAAUAGGAGUGAUGUUGAUGGAAAACAGUAAUUGUUUUCCAAUUGCCAGAACUCCUUAUCAUCAAGCCCAUUUUAGUUUCCAGAGCCUACCGCCAGGGGGAGGUGGUGCAGCAUGACAUUCGGAAUGCUUUGUCUUCGAAGGUGCUCUCUCAUUGCUCUUAAUAUCUGAGAGUAAGUAACAGGAUAGUGGGUCUCCUAAAAUCACAGGGGUGUUUUUGAACCAAAACUGGCACCUGAUUUGCCACAUUCCUCUGAUCUUGGAGUAGCUGCGUGGGUGGGAGAACACUACCCCCGAGUCCGGUGAUCAGGCUUGUGUUUCUGAGGCCAGGUGUCUUCAUCUGUGAAAUGGUCGCGGGACUUCCAGACCCACCGACUUCCUAGGCUGUUGUAAAAAUCUGGGUCGUUGGGUGUGAAGGGUCUUAACAAAGGGUAUAGAUAAUUUUGAAAAUAAAAAUGACAUUUUUUUCUUAUUACAAAAGUGAUAUGUGCUUUUU